GAGCUGCGAAAAGCAAAACCAAAUAGGAAGCUGACGUUCUUAUACUUGGCUAAUGAUGUCAUACAGAACAGCAAAAGGAAAGGACCAGAAUUUACGAAAGACUUUGCUCCAGUAAUAGUGGAGGCUUUUAAGCAUGUUUCAAGUGAGUCUGAUGAGAGCUGUAAGAAACACCUUGGCCGAGUGCUCUCGAUCUGGGAAGAAAGGUCUGUUUAUGAAAAUGAUGUGUUAGAACAACUUAGGCAAGCUUUGUAUGGAGACAGAAAGGUGAGGAAGCGCACAUAUGAAGAGAUAAAAGUUGAUGAAAAUAACUGUUCACCUCGAAGUUCUCCAACUGAUCCUCCACAGACCACAGAUCUCAUUAGAGCAUUACAAGAACUAGAAAAUGCUGCCUCUGGGGAUGCAGCAGUUCAUCAGAGAAUAGCUUCUUUGCCUGUAGAGGUCCAAGAUGUGUCCCUGUUAGACAGAAUAACAGAUAAGGAAUCUGGAGAGCAACUUUCCAAAAUGGUAGAUGAUGCAUGUAUGUUGCUGGCGGAUUACAAUGGCAGGUUGGCAGCUGAAAUAGAUGAUAGAAAACAACUAACUCGAAUGUUGUCGGACUUUCUCCGAUGUCAAAAAGAAUUCCUUGCAGAGAAAGAACAUAAGCUGGAAGAGUACAAACGCAAGUUAGCCAGAGUGUCCCAAGUACGGAAAGAACUCAGGUCACGCAUCCAGAACCUGCCUGAUCUCUCUCGACUUCCCAAUGUCACAGGCAGCCAUGUACACCUACCAUUUGCAGGAGACAUCUACGGCGAUGAUUGA